CGAGUGUGGACAGGACACCAUACCGCUCUCUCACAGCUGCAUCCUGUCUGGAAUUUCUGCGAGCCAACAGUAUAGAGCCCAUCACUGACACUGCCUUUGGGAGCAGCCUGUUGCUGUUGUUUGAGAACCCUGCCUGGGGAAUCAAGCUCCUCGAUUCUGAUGGGCAGUUGCUGAGCACCUACACUCCAAUCACUGCUGUGUCCGCCCUGGAGGCCAACCGAGCUGUCAAAUCGUUCUGGUGCUGCCUGCGCCUCGCGAUGCACAGCUUUCUCAACCAGAUCAUUAUGGUUGUUUUUGUAAUCGUGACGUUUGCGGCACUCUACAUGUGCGCGGUGUGGUACAAGGCACGGAGGGAUCGCUGGCAGCAGCAGGUCUACAACCUUGCAGAAAAGAUCACAGCUAUUGUGAAGGAGUACGCAGAGCAGCCAAACUGCAGAGAACCCUUCCUCGCACAAGUGCACGUGCGAGACAUGCUUAUCAGCCCUUCCCAACGGAAGCAGCUGAGCAGCCUGUGGCAGAGUGCGGUCACAUUCCUCGAGCGGAACGAAUCCCGCCUGCGCACGGAGCGACAGCACAUCGAGGGAGAGAGCUACCUGGUGUGGCGCUGGUUGGGCACGGCUUCCCCACCACGCUCCAAGGUGUGGCAGGGAAAGGCAUUCGAAAGCCAGAGUGGGGCCACGGGUGCCCUCCGGGACCGCCUUGCGUGCCAGCCACUUGCCUCAAGAUUCGCCACAUGUUCGCCCUGAAGUGUGAGUAUGUCUUACGAGGUUGGC